AUGCCGACGUCUGCCUUGGACGAAGAACAAGUAACCCGCGAUGUUAGAGAACGUGGUCGCGAUAUCGAGGGAUGCAUCAAACAAUGGAUGUCAUUUGUAAAGCCAAACUUCGAGAAAUUUGUUGAGCCGCAACGCAAGGUCGCAGAUAUCAUAAUUCCUGCCCGUCUGGACAACCGUGUGGCUAUCGACAUAGUGGUAGGACAUGUCAAGCGGACACUAAAGGAAAAGUCGAGAAAGCACCAAGAAGAAUUACAGAGACUCGGGAAACAGGUCGAGGACGAGCCCUUGUCAGAGAAUGUUCUGCUUUUGGAGCAGACCCGGGAGAUCGUCGGGAUGAACACGGUUAUCCAAAACCCAAUGACCGCGGAGGUAGACUUCAUUUUCUACUUCGACAGGUUAUCUAGCCUUUUGGUCGAGAGAGCCAUGGAAAACCUUCACUUCAAUCCAAAGGACGUACUAACACCCCAGGGUUAUCAUUACAAAGGCCUUGAAAUGGCCGGCGAAGUCAGCGCCGUCGUGAUAUCCCGUGGUGGAUCGUGCUUCGAGACAGGCCUCAGACGCGUUAUCCCUGACUGCAAAUGCGGACGACUUCUCAUACAGACGAGCUAUCGGACUGGCGAGCCCGAACUACAUUAUUGGAAGCUACCUUCUGAUAUUGCCUCACACGAUAGCGUGCUUCUACUGGAUCCACAGAUGUCGAGUGGCGGUGCAGCACUAAUGGCAGUAAAGGUGCUGGUAGACCAUGGAGUUUCGGAAGAGAAAGUGGUCUUCGUAACGUAUUUUGCGGGCAGGAUGGGAGUGAAUCGCCUAUUGAGCGUUUUCCCCAACAUGAAAUUAGUUGUUUGCAAGAUUGUCGAGGAUUUUCAGGAGAGGUGGCUCGAGGAAAAAUAUUUCGGUUGCUAG